AUGUUGACUGUGAUGAUGUGAUUACUGACAGGGUUGGCAGCUACACCACUGCUGGUGAUGAGAUCAGGGGGUAAUCAUUAGUCCAAACAGCUGCAACUAAAAUGAGAGUUUAUUUUGGAUAAUUUCAAGUGGGUCCCUCCCCUUUCCAUUUGCUUCUGUUUAAGAAACGUUUUGCAACAGAAUUGGCAAAAUGAAUAAACCCCAGAGGACUGCUGGUUCGGUUGAGUCUAUUCUCUCCUCUCCUCUGUACAACGACAAGAUCACAUCUUUCAGGUUCUUCACAGUGCGCACCACUGAACAGCUCGAGAUUAAUAGCAAUGAACCAUUUGUUCAGAUGGAGAAGGCUUGCCAGACUGACGUUCAUUCUGCUAUAUUUUCUCAUUGAAGUUCUCAAUGCUUCCCAGAAAACAGUCCAGUCUGAGAUUCAGCAGGUGAAAGGCAUCGUGGGACAGUCUUUCUCUUUUCAAGAGAGGGUGAUCAAGUCUGGCAAUUUACUUUAUGGAGAACUUGGCAGUAUUGCAAAUGUGUACCCUGGUAAACGAGGCAAAAUCACCCUUGAGAAGAGAUUUGAAAACCGCCUCCACUUGAACAAUGUUACAAGAUACUUCACUCUGUCAGACCUUCAGAUAGGCGACGCUGGGGUUUAUACUGUGGAGAAUACAGAUGAAGGGAAAAAAACAAAAAUUCAGCUCACUGUAUACAAUGUUGUUUCCAAACCUCAGGUGACAGAGUGUGACAUUAGCUCCUGUAGUGUGGUGUGUUCUGUGGACAAUGAAAAAGAGGUGACCUUGACAUUGUACAGGGGAGAGGAAAUACUAAACCAGACCAGCAGUCCUGAUCUCAUCACUGAUCUCUCUCUCCACUUGGAGGUAGAGGGAAAGAACUACAACUCCACCUACAGCUGUGUGGCUUCCAACCCUGUCAGCAAUGAGACAGUUCUUGUCCCAAAAUGUUGCAGUGAACAUGGUCAUGCUAAUGAUGCAGACAGUGGCGAGAGGACACGGGGUAUGCUUAUUUUUGCUGUAAUAUGCGUCUUGGUUGCCUCAGGGCUGGUUGGAAUUGCAAUCUAUCGAAAGAAGAGUAGAAAUGGACACUCACAAGGCAGAUUCAUCUGAAAGAGUGCAAGUUGACAUUGAGUAUGCAACGAUAACUCCUAAAAAACGAACAGAUAACCAGGAGGAGCGAACAGAUAUACCAGAAUUGUAGUCGCAUAGAGACAACCCUACUCUGACAUCAGUUUAUGAUACACUCCUGCUGCAUCGCAUGGCUGCCAGCGAGGAUGUUGACACAGCAUGAAGGAGAAAAACAGGAAGUCAAUGGGAGGCCAAAAUGAUAACUCACAUUCUGUAGAGGACAGUAUAUCAUAAAGAGGACGUUGAAACAAAAUUAAAGUUAAAAAAUAUUCAUUCUAACAGCCUUUUAGAGUCACUGUUGUUAUGGGAGAAAAAUCCCCUGGAACUGUUGUGCUGAUAUUAUAAUUUCAGGCUUCCUUUGUAGGUCAUUCUCACAGACCUUCUGUCAAAUAGGGGCCUCGGUUACAUCCACUGAUACUGACAAAUUCAAUAACUAUGCAUUGAGUUGUUAGCAUGAUCAGGAUAAUCUGUCUUUUUAAAUGCCUUUUGUCCCAAAUCCCAAUGUAUAAGUUAAAACAAAUGGAACAUAUCUUUUAAUACAAUUCACUAGUGUGUUUGCUAUGCUACUUUUGUGCCAAAGCUUAUUUUCAGUAUUGUCUGUUCUAUUGUUUAAAUGUAGGUGCCUCCCCUGUAUCUUUUUAUUGCUGGUCAUUGUUUAGCUUGCCAGUGGAUAGCAGCUGUGUACAUCAUAUAAAAAGAGCAGGCGUUUGAGAUAAAGCCACCUGCUCCUUAGAAGCAACGGCUGUUAGGCUGCUUUAGAAACAAAAGGUCCAUAGAUACAAUGUUUUCCUUUCACCGUGUAUGUUGUAUUGAAAAUAACUUUCUGAGGGGCAGAUCUUGAUUUUCCAUUUGAUAUUGAGUGACAUGUUCCUCUUCUUAUCGCUAUUCACAAAAUGUAGGUCUGGGCUAAAUUGUAGCUCUUAAUUAGCUUGUUUAGUUUAUUAUGAUGGACCAUUUAUUGGUUGUCCCUAUCUAUGAAGCACAUCCUCCCUUAACAAUACAAUCACUCCCUCCGGCAGACUCUGUAGACUCUGUAGACUCUCCUUCUAUCAGAGCAUGUUGUGCUCCACCUACAUUAUUGCAGCCUUUGUAUAUAUCUGUGCCAGCACAGGUUACUGUGACCCGAAAAUACCAAAUCUGUUGAUACCAUAGUGAGUUGUUGCACUGUAGGCGUUGUUAUACUUCUCUAUUUCAGAGUAGUUACUGAGACUGAAUAUAAAUAUGUAAUUCACUUUUCACUAUUUUAAAAUAAUCUAUUGACUUAUUCAAACAGAUAAAAAAUUAACAUGUUGUACUGAGCUUCAAUAUGUCAAAUCAAAGACUUACCCAUACAUUUCAUUUAUAGUCAUAAAAUGGGUAUAUUUCCUGAUGUUUAACAGUCAUCAAUACAUCAAUGCCCAUGCUUGAAAUAUGUUAAUGUUUUACAUACUCUAGCACAACUCAAAAUAUGAUGGUAGAUUACUCCGUUCCCCAUUUAUGUUUUUGUUGUCAUUUAAAUUGUUGAAACAAAUAAUGUAUUGCUUCAGAAUACCUGUGUAAACUGUCAUUCCUUGAAUCCAUAGCUGCUUCUAUGAGUUUGACAGUGGAAACAUUUCUCCAGAGACAUUUCUCCAGAAACACAACUCCAGAUUGUAGUUUUAAUGUAGCCUACUUCUAGGGUCAAAUAGGAGAGACAACUGUAAUUGGUUGGUGGAUUCUCUAUUUAGUGAGUUUAAGUGUGUGACCUUUUGUCCUGUCACCUUUCAUACCAGACAGCUGUACAUUUCAAAUGUAAAAACAAUUAUGACUGUAAACAGUGAAUUACUAACUUUUUAUUUAAGUCCUAUAAUAUUUCCAACUUUGUUUUGAGAAAACGUUGGCCUUUUCUUCCAAUCCUUUUCUCCCAUCUAGUGGUUGAAUGUCUUUAUACUUCAGCAUACUGUAUACUGUACACAAUGCAGUAUUUCGCUCUGAGACAGUGUACUGUAAAUUGUGUAAGUGUAUCUUAAAUCAUGUGGAACCAAUAUGUUCUCUAACAACAUUUCUGUGCUUUAGACUGUAGUCACGCAUUUUUGUGCCAAUGUGCCAUUAUUAUAACAUUAUUGUGAGUAAAAAUUAAAACAUUUGUCAAAUAUGCCAUGUCAAUGCUAUUUCGUAGCAAAACAUGAGAGCCUCAUUUAUCAUUCUGUGUAUUUAUGUUAUUUAUCUUUAUUUUAAUAUUGUAAUAUUACUGUAUUCUUGUGUUUGUAUUAUUUAUAUGUUGUGGUAGAGUAUAAUAAUAUGUUGUUAUGUACUGUUUUAUUGUGUAUGUAAUUGCGUAAUCGUGAUUGGAUCCCAGGAAGAGUAUUUAAUAUGGACCUGGAAUAAAUACAAAUAGAAACGUUAUGUAAUAUAACACGAAAUUCAGAUUGCGCAAUAUUGUAAUUUGUUCAACUCCAAUGUUUCGUUACAGGAAAUGAGUAACCUUCCUACAGUGGUUCCUCCUUUACAAAUUGCGAGUUUACACCGCUGGAUUUAGAGCUAUAAAAAACACACAUUUGUUUUCAGUCUGUAUCAGCAUGGGCAACGUGUACAUUUAACAGCCAAAACAUGACUCCCACCCUGUAUUCAAGAGCAUGCUGAAUUGAGCCCAACCCUGCUGUGAAUCUCUUCCGGGAGGAAAUCACAAGUGUACCCCAGUCCAACCCCACAGAUUGUGACGUCAGCCUGGCUCAGACUGCGAUGGAGGAUUCUGGCCAACAGGGGGUGACCUUGCCACACACCGAGGGAGAACGUACAGCCGUUACUCAGAGGAGCAAGUCAGUAGGAGGAGUCAGAGAGAGGCUCCAAUCAGAGCUGAGAGGGAGAUACACGUCAUUGUGUGAUGGAACCCCGGCAGGACAAGAGGUGCGGAGCCACUCCCUCACACACUCCUACGUUGAACUCCUCAUCACCGAGGGCAACGUCCAAUGGCACAACGACAGGCAUGCUGCCACGCGACCCGUAAGACCACCAUCAGAUAUGCCCACUGCUAAUGAGGAAGUAACGAUCAAGCUUGACGAUAUCUUGAAACCACCGCUAUCUCCGGAUCGCCCUCAAGUAAAAACCGUCCUGACGAAGGGACCCGCAGGCUCAGGAAAGACAGAGAGUGUCCAGAAGUUUGUUUUGAACUGGGCCGAGGACAGAGCCAAUCAGGAUGUCGACUUCUUGUUUGUCUUUCCCUUCAGUGAACUCAAUUGGCUGAUAGGACGGAGCUUCAGUCUGAGUGGCCUCAUCAGCCUCUUCCAUUCGUCCAUGACAUCGGAGAGCGAGAACCCCGGGCUGGAUCUGAGUCGGUCUAAGGUGGUAUUCAUCUUGGACGGUUUGGACCAAUUUAACCUUCCCCUGGACUUUGAAAGCAUAUCAGUAGAGUCUGACAUCAAUAAGGAGAUGCCUUUGCCCAUCCUCCUAGCGAACCUCAUCUGGUGUCAGCUGCUUCUUCCCUCCGCCUACGUCUGGGUGAUCACCAGGCCUGCGGCUGCCAAUUUCAUCCCCAUUGACUUCCUCCCCCAACAACAGUGCUUGACGGAGAUACGGGGCUUCGACGACACCCAGAAGAGGGAGUUCUUUAGAAAGAGGUUUGGCGAUCAGAGUCUUGUGCACAAAGCUAUCGCCCUAGUCAUGAAAGCUAUUGCCCUAGAGUCAUCACGGAACCUCUGCGUCCUGUGCCAAACACCGUGGUGCUGUGAGAUGUUGGCGGCCAUUUUAGAAAACACUGAAGCGGGAGAGUGUGUCGAGAUAGACACUCUGACGCAACUGUACACUCACUUUUUGCUUGUUCGGAUUGGUUUGAAGAACGAUCGAAAUGGUGAACACUCAGAAUCAAUCAGAGAGGUCGUUCGUAAGCUUGGGAAGCUGGCUUUUCUACAACAGGAAAGAGGAAGCCUCAUAUUCAGUGAGAGCGAUGUGAAGGAAUGCGGAAUCGACGUCUCUAAAAGUUCCACAUUCCACAGGUUGUGUAGGCCGCUCUUCACAGGGUGUGAGAUGUACCUGGAGGAAAUGUACCGCUUUGAGUACACAGGCAUUCAAGACUACCUAGCUGCCCUGCACGUGUUUCUCACCUACACAAAUAAAAGGAGAAACCUACUACUCCAACCUACUACACUCUUUGAUCGAUUGAAAGGGACGUUCAGGAGAGCAACCCUUUUAGACCUCCACAGAUGCUCCGUGGACAGGGUUUUACGGAACACGCACGGAACUUAUGACCUCUUCCUCUGCUUCAUCCUUGGCCUCUCAACAACACCCAACCAGACUCUCUUAGAUCUAGCAUGUCUAGGGAAAGGUUUAAAGGUCACAGGCUCUAAGGUGAUCACAGAGAUCACAGCGGAAUACAUUAAGCAGGCGAUCAAGUCUGAGCCUUACCCUCAGACCACACUGGCGCUUUUCCGCAGUCUGCGGGAGCUAGGGGACACCUCGCUGGGCAGGGAGGUCCGACGCUACCUGACCUCCGAGUCCCGGUGGGGGUUCCUGCUGGAGCCCGACCAAUGCUGGGAGCUGGCAGACAUGCUUUGGGCAGGCAGGGAGAUGGAGAGGGAAGUGUUUAGGGAGAUGGAACGUUUGAGUUGGAUGCACCGAAUGAGCAUGUGGGGCUUUUGGAGGAUGCAGACUGUACUGGGGGACAGACACUGGCAGGUCUACUAGAAAGACAUCAUUGCUGUAUGAAUGGUCUACUAGGG